GCCAACGCAACUACGCGAGCAACUAAGCCAACUAGCCAAAGCCAAGCAACCAGGCAAGCAGCCGGAGCACUGUAGAAGGCUAGCAAGCAGCAAAUUGAGCAAAGCAACUUAGCAAGCAGUCUGCACUAUAAACUACACUAGCCUUGCAGAACUCAGAGGGAACGAAUAGAGUAGUGCUGGGAGUUUAGUGGGUCGAGGUAGCUGAAGAGCAAACAAACACGCUGUUCGGUGUUCGCCGCUCUCCCAUUUCACCGAGAAAGAAGGGACUAAUGAGAAGAGAGAGCAUGGAGGCAGGGGCAGGGAGGAGAGGGAUCCCCUCGCUGCUGAAAUCGCCGGCGGCGCGGGCUGAUGAAUCCGGAGGAGCCACUUCGCCGCAGCAGGAGCACAUCGCCUCCGAUAUUACCCAGCUUGUAGGAUGGACGCCACUGGUAGAGCUGAAGAGAAUAGCCCAGAAGGACAACGUCGACGCCCGAGUCGUCGGCAAGCUGGAGUGCUACCAGCCCCUCUGCUCCGUCAAGGACCGCAGCGCUCUGAGAAUGAUCGAGGACGCAGAGGAGAGAGGGCUGAUCUCGCCUGGCGCCACGACGCUGGUCGAGCCGACGAGCGGCAACAUGGGCAUAGCCCUGGCGUACAUCGCUCUGGCCCGAGGCUACAGGUUCGUCGCGGUCAUGCCCGCCGAGUACUCGCUCGACAAGCAGAUCCUGCUGCGGUACCUGGGGGCAGAUUUGGUGUUAACCGAUCCUGCGCUUGGCUUCCAGGGACAGCUCGACAAGCUGGAGCAGCUCAGGAAAGAAAUACCCAACGCGCAUGUUCUUGACCAGUUCGCAAACGCGGCGAACCCUGAAGCGCACUUUAGAUGGACUGGUAGUACCGAUCUUUGCACAGGAGCAUCUGAUCUCAUAAGAGAGUGAUAAAUGAACUUGCCUGUGAUAGAACGGCUCCCUGAGGCCACAAUUGGUGGAGCACCAAGAAUCUGAUCGGUGCAGACAUGAGAUGUUCUGGGAUGCAAUACUGUGGCGGUACUUGUCCAUCUGACCAAGUCACUGUUUCAUGUUUGAAGCCACGGCAAGGACUAGGAUAAGAAUGCUGCUUUGUAGGUUGAGCUUACUGUAACUACUAAGAAAUUUUUAUUAUGUACCAACCUUAUCAUUUCUACAAUGUUGCGGGAUGUCUGAAGUAAUUCUUUGUUAAAAGAUCGGGUAUCCUGCUCCCUUUUGCUUCUCAA